AUGCCCAAAGAUAAGUAUGAGGAAGAAUGGGAGGAGAAAUUUGCAAAAAAUAUAGAAGUUAGCAAAAUCAGUAAGGAUAUUAGUGAUAUUCUCCACGAAAUUGAAAAAAAUUGUUUAAAGCCUUUGAUAUACUUUUUAAAGUCCAUUCCUUCGGGUUUUACUCCACUUCCAUUAUCUUCCCUGGAGGCAAUAUUAGAACAUAGUGAAAACGAAUAUGUUAAAUCUGUAUUUGGAGUGGAUAAAAACAUAGAAAGUGAGAUUCGAAACCUUGGGAAUAAUUUCUGGUUCGAUAUGGUAAUGAGUAGUGGAUCUGGAAUAUUUAAUUCUAAAGUGAAUUCUCACUUUUCAAACAUUUUUAAUCAUGAGUUAUUAAAUCAGCUUAAAUACGGUUUAAGUAAUGAUUACUUAAAGGCAAAUGAAGAGGAUAGAGAACAAAAUUGUGAUAAUAAUAUAAUUAAAUAUCACCAAGACGAUAGUUUAAAUCAGAAUGUCAAAACUAGAGAAAAAAGUAAAGAUUUCCAAAAAGAGGAUAGGAACUUCAAGAUAGUGAUUUCUAUAAAACAAAUGUUGAAUAUUUAUAGGAUUGGAGGUAUAAAUAAUGAAAAUGUAUGGACAGCUUUGUUUGGGAAACAGGUAACAGAUAACCAAAGCGAUCAUGUAAUGAUUAAGUAUGUAAUGCCCUCAUUUUUAUCAAAUAAAAUAUUAAUGGAUGCAUAUACAAGUAUAAUUCAUGUUUCAGAGCCUCAGAAUAAUUCAAUGCAAAUCUAUAUAUAUUGUAGAAACAUUCUAAAACAUUUUUGCACUGAUAUAAUAGCUCCUAGGAUACUUAUACAUGCGAAUAUAUUCCUACUAUGGAAUAGUACCUUGAAAGAUUUUUUCAAUAAUAAAACAUAUGAUAAAUUUUUUUCUGAUCUAUUCAGUAAAUCUUCAAAUGGCUCAGAAAAGGUUGAAAUUAAUUCUGAUAAUAACCAUUCAAGCUCUUCUGAUGGUAUCCUUUCUCUAUAUGCAGGUUUAUUGGGAGGAACGUUACCAAGUUUACUUUUACUAAAGGUUCUAGAGGAAGAGUUUGCAAAAUUUAGUGUACUGUCUCACUUUCUAAUUCGGAUCUUUGGUUAUUUAGACAGAAAUAGCUGCCACAUAUUCUCCAAUUCUCCAGAUCUGAACAUCACAGCUUUGUUGUACUUUUAUAAGUGUGUAUUCUUUCCUCUUUCUUCAUCAUUCACGGCUGCCCUAUUAAAUAUUAUUACAGUUGAGAGAGAUUUCUUUAUUCAGGCUUGUCUCAGAAAUUUAUUUUCAACAGGAAUGAGUGACAGAAAUUUAUUCAAUUGUAUUGAGAGGAUUGUGAAUACUGAGCAAGAGAUAAUAGAAAUGGAUGAGGCCGAUGAUGCUGAAGAGAUUUUAUCAGGAACUUUUAGAAGAUUUGAAAGGAAAUCUUUGCUUAAGUGUAGAAAGGAGAACCAUUUUUCUAUUGAAACUGAUAUUAUUAACAGCAGUAUAAUGGCAGAUCAGUUUCCUGGUAAGAACUAUAAUAGGAUUCUUUUUAAUGUAAUUAACAAUAUUAUUUUGAUUAUGAGUAGUAACUCAAAUAAUAAGAUUUCCCUAAGGAGAACUAACACAUCAACUGUUAAUGAGGACUUCAUUCCCAAGUUUAAAAAUGGUUCAUCGAAUAAUUCUUCUUCUUCUUCUUCUUCCUCCUCCUCAUCUUCCUCCUCUUCCUCGUUUUCAUCUCACUUUUUGAAUUCAAGGAUUUGUAUUAAAGGGACUCAAAACAUUAAAAUUGAAAAGAAAGUUACAGAUUUAGAUCGAACCUCUAGAACCAUAGAUCCAUAUAAAGAUUUAGAAGAAAGCCUUUUAGGCUUGAAUAAAAGUUGUAAGGUUUCUGGAUUAUUUUGGUUUCCACAGGAAGAAAUCGAUCAAACAGUGUAUAAAAAUACAAUAGAGGAGCCAUUUUUAAGGGGAACUUUAUACUAUUAUUAUAAUAGGCUUGAAGGUUUAUUUGGAUUUUUAGAUUUAAAGCAAAGCUGUAUGUUAAUUAAUUGUAUUUUAUCAGAAGAGGAAAAAAGAGUUGUCAAAAUAUUUCCUAAAAGAUCACAUACGGGUUUCUUUAAACUAUUGGAAAGUGUAUUAUUUUACUUUCUAUCAAGAAAGCUUUUGGAUUCAUAUAAACAAAGCAUUUGUGGUAUUUUGUUUUUGAGUAAAAGAGAGGUUAGUACUAAGGAAGAAGAAUCAUUAAAUAAAAAUGAUAUGGCCUUGAAUUUUAGUUCUUUAUUCAAAGGAAGUAUUAGAUCUUACAUUAACAACGAUAAUUACUGUGCUUUGAGAUCAAUUUAUUUAUUAUUUCUCAAGGAUACUUUGAGAUCAAACUCACAUAAUGUUUUGAAUAAGAUCUUAAUAAAAUCUGAGAUAUGUAGCCACCAUAAAAAGUUAGAAUUUCCAAUAGGGAGCCUUCAUAUAGAUAUUUCAAAGUUAUCAAGUUCAAUUGGAGCUAAUACAAAUAAUUCAAGUAAUUCAAGCAAUAAAUCAAUUUCAGCUAGUUCAUCUAGACAAUCUUGUUUUUUAUAUUUGGCCUAUGUAAUAUAUGAAUCAAUAAUAGAAGAUAUUACAAAGGUAAUGAAGAUAGAAAAUGAUGAUAUUUUAAAAGGAGAGAAAAAUAAUUCAAUAAGAAUGAGUGAUAGAUUUCUUAGUAUUCAGAUAAUACUAUCACUUUUAAAAAGAUACAGAAGAUUUAUUAAAAUUUCAUUUGAAAAUGACCAAGUAUUAAAGAAAAUUAUUAAUAGAGCUUUUUAUGAUGGUCUUAUCUUACAUCUCCAAAAUUCAAUUUCACCAAAUAACCAUAGUCUUGUUCUUUUCAUGCUUUCUGUGUGGAUAACUUCUUUUAUUGACAACAGGAUUAUUCAAGCUCACGGCAUUUUUUCUUCUUUCAAAAAUGAAAAACUUGUAAAUCUUAACCGAGAUUCCACUGGUGGGUUUCCAACAUGUUCCCAAGAAAAAUCUUUAAACAAAAAUUCAACUCUAAAAGUGUUUUCAAAGUUUGUCUUUGAUUGGUUUAAUAAAUUCUUUGUUAGUAGAUACCUGAAUUACCAGGAGUUACCUGUAAUUGACGAGGUCAUCUCUAUUGCAAUGUCAAUUAUUGAGAGAAUCCUUGAAUCGAGACAUUUUUCAAAAAUUUGCAACAUUCUUAUUAACAAUAUAAUCACUAGUAUAUUCCUUAUAAAGUUGCUUCCAAACUUUGAAAUUAUAAUUUCAUUAUACAAAGAUAGAUUAUGCAAAAGAUUACUUAAUAUUAAUAUUUUGGGCGCCAACCACAAUUUGACAGAUAUGCGGGAAAGUGCAUGCAUUGGCUUACAAGUAUGUUUGGAAUAUUUUGUGUUACUUUGUUUAGAGAAGAAUAAGGAAGGGGAUAGUGACUUUGAUUACUUGGGUGGUGAAAUAGGAAUUAGUGAGUUACUUAUGUCUAUAGAAAAUGACAGAACUUGUUUUAUAGAUAGUUUUCCAGGGAAAUUAAAUAUGGAAGGUUAUGUGAGAGAGGGAGCGAACAAAUCAUAUUUGGAUGAUGACAGCAUAGUUGGGAAUUCAAUGAAUGUAUCUUUGAAUAGUUUAAAAUCACUACUGGAAGAUUUUUUGAGAUCUAUGUUUUCCAGAAAGAAUAUAGAAAAUGAAUUUCAAGUAUUUUUAACAAGUAAUUUUAAUUGGAGAAAAAUGAGCAAUUAUGUGGCAACUCCAGUAUUAAUGAGUAAAUUUCCUUUGGGUAAUGAUAUUGAUCAGAAAUACAGUUCUAUGGAGUUUUUUUCUUACAGUAAUAAUAAGCAUUACAUGGAGGUUAAUAUACCAGAUAAGAUAAAAAAAGAAAUGAAGAAAUUUGAAUUGGAAUAUAAAAAAGAAUAUCCUCAUAGAAAGAUUAAUUGGCUGUGGGAAAAUGGAUUUGCAGUUUUAGAAGCUAAAGGAUUUAAGGCAAAAGUUUUAGUUGAUAAGGAAAAGGAGUUAAUUGGUGAAUUACUUAACUUUAGUAUAAUUUCUUCUUUAUCAGCUUCAAUAAUUUUGCUAAGAAUGGGAGAAUUGAAAGUAGGCCAAGAAAUUACUUUGGGAGAAUUAGUUAAUCGGACUUGCUUGCCAAUGUUUGAGGUUGCAAGAAUUCUAUUAAGUUUGUCUCUUCCUAGUCAAAAAUUAGUUAAAAUUAUAGAAAAUAAUGAUCAUAUUAAAAUGGAGGUUGAAAUUACAAGAGAAAAAAUUAUUAAUUGGAACUCCUGGCUAAAUAAGGAUACAUCCUUUAUUCUUGUUGAAAUAGUAAUGGAAAAUUAUGAGGACUUUGGAGUAUUUAGAAGGAAAAUUCAGUAUUGUCCUAAAAUACUCUCUAAGGAAUUAUUUUUACAAAGAGGAUGUAGUUAUGAUUUUUAUUUAAAGUCCAUCAAUUUUAAUGAAUUAUUUGAAAAAUUCGAUCAUAUUAAUUAUCAUGAAUAUCUUCAAACUCCCAAUUUUGAUAAUUCAUUUAAGAACAUCUAUCAAAUUAAGUAUCCUUGGAACUUAGAUAUUAUUUUGGAUGAUGAUAAAUACGAGGAUUACUUUAACUCUAUGUCAAACAUGAUUGGAUCUGAUGAUUUAUUUUUUUCUAUUCAUUGCAAUACAAAUAGUGAUAAUAAUAAUAUUGUUACUUAUUGCCAGGAAUUUAAUGAUCAUUGUGAUUAUAUUGAUUGCCAGUUUAAUACUAGCAGUUUUAUAUACAGAGAUAACUUUGGCAUUUUGUUCAAUGAAUCCUACAGGGUAGAAAACAUUAAUCAAUCAAUGAUACUUAGGAGUGCUAGAGAUUUAUUAGAAAACCAAAAUAGUAAUACAUUUAGAAGUGUUAUUAUUGACAAUGAAAAUUCUUUGAGAAUUCUUCUCAACCAAUUUGAUGUUUCUAAUGUUUUGAAAAAUGGUAAAACUGUGAAUAGUGAUCACAAUUUAAAAACUAAUAAACAUGUUUUUGAUUCAAAAUCAGAUUCUGAUGAAAACCCUAAAAAAAAGAAAUGUAUUUCAAACUUUCACAGUUGUGAUAAUUCAACAUAUAAUGACACUAAAGCAAAAAUCUCUUCAACUUGUUCAGAUUUCUCAAUUUCCUCUUCUUCCUCCUCAUCACUUAUUUAUAUGGGACACUCCAUUAAUGGACAACUAUUAAAUGGUUAUAUUUCCGGUAUGAUUGACAUUGUAUGUAAAUUAGAAUCCAUUAUUGUUAGACUCUUAAAAAAGUCAAAACAUAAAAGUUAUGAUGAAAUUUUGGAUUUCAUACAAAAAACUUGGAGCCUUUCUGGCGGUAAUAUUCCAACAGUUUCAACAAUUGAUCUGGCUAUAAUUAAGCUGAUAAAACGCGAUUUUAUAAGAUUUAUAUGUAAACAUGUAAAUCAAGAUUGUAAUUGUAGUGAAAUUUCUCAGAAUAUUCUAUCAUAUAAUGAAAAUAACUCUGAUAAUAACAAAAUAUUUUCGCAAAAUUCUAUUUUUGAAUACAUAAACUAA